CCUACAUAUCGUGAUUAGCUAGCCGUCAAGCUGAGACAGCUGGACUGGAGCCUGACAUAAAGAACUCUUCAAGCUCUAACAAUGGUUAAUGUCUUGAGGCUUAUCCUACUGUGGGCUGCAUCGCAAGUUUCCUCUACAAGCACACCUUGUUCCAACUGUGACCGUAACAACGUGACCUGUGUUGACGGUGUGUGUCUACCUCGCUGUGUCAAUGUGACGUCAUCUGGAGAGUGUCUCCAGUGUCUGGACUCCAGGUUCUAUGGUAAACAGUGUCAACAUGACUGUCCAGACACCUGUCUCAACUCUCGCUGUCAGAUGAACAACACCCGUGUUGUGUGUACAGAGGGAUGUGUGGCCGGCAAGAAGGGAGAUAACUGUGGAGUGAACUGUCCUACAGCCUGUACACAGUGUGAACGUUAUGGUGAUGGUUGUACAGGACCGUGUCAGAAUCCCCAGCAUUACGGUCAACACUGUAGAACACCUUGUCCCUCCAACUGUAGAGGUGGAUGUGAUAAAGACACAGGGGAGUGUGGCAGCUGUGAGCCAGGGUACACAGGGGACAAGUGUGAUGUUACCUGUCCCCCCAACUGUAGAGGUGGAUGUAAUAGGAUCACAGGGGAGUGUGGCAGCUGUGAGCCAGGUUACACAGGGGACAAGUGUGAUGUUACCUGUCCCCCCAACUGUAGAGGUGGAUGUGAUAAAGACACAGGGGAGUGUGGCAGCUGUGAGCAGGGAUAUUGCAAUGUUACCUGUCCAGACUCCAGGUUCUAUGGUAAACAGUGUCAACAUGACUGUCCAGACACCUGUCUCAACUCUCGGUGUCAGAUGAACAACAACCGUGUUGUGUGUACAGAGGGAUGUGUGCCCGGCAAGAAGGGAGAUAACUGUGGUGUGAACUGUCCUCCAGCCUGUACACAGUGUGAACGUUAUGGUGAUGGUUGUACAGGACCGUGUCAGAAUCCCCAGUAUUACGGUCAACACUGUAGAAUACCUUGUCCCUCUAACUGUACAGGUGGAUGUAAUAGGAUCACAGGGGAGUGUGGCAGCUGUGAGCCGGGGUACACAGGGGACAAGUGUGAUGCUACCUGUCCCCCCAACUGUAGAGACGGAUGUGACAAAGACACAGGGGAGUGUAGACAUUCAGGUCAUACUUCGUUACUGAUAUGGAUCGGAAGUGUGAUGCUUGCGGUGGUUGUAGCUGCAUCGUUUCUCUCUCUGAUGGCGUUUUUGUGGAAGAAGAGAAAAAAGAGAAGACUGAAUAAGUCCCAAGACAAAGAGAUGACAUGCGAAAUGAAUUCACUAAAUAACAAUGAUCUGAAGCCUUAUGAUUUCCAACAGAACCCUUCAUCAUCACAAGAAAUGUUCACAGCUUCAUGUCAAGAUGAUGACCUGCAACGGGUGAUCCUAUGUGAGGAUCUGAUAGGUGAGGGGUCAUCCGUGCAGAUAAUAGACGAGUUCCAGAGGCUGUCUUGUCCUGACAUCGAAAAUGCAAAAUAUGGCUCUCUGGAUGACAACGUCACGAAGAAUAGAUACAGAGAUGUAUUGCCAUAUGACGCAACGCGAGUGUCCCUCGAGAUUGACGACAAGAGUGAAAGUGAUUACAUCAAUGCCUCAUUCAUCGAUGGGUACAAAGAGCACAUCCAGUACGUGGCAGCCCAAGGACCCUCAGUAGAAGUCGUAGCGGACUUCUGGAGGAUGAUAUGGCAGCUGAACACCACCAAGAUUGUCAUGCUAACUAACCUUGUUGAAGCAAGGAAGGUGAAGUGUGAGAUGUACUGGCCUUUCUGCAGCUCCGAUUUCUCAACCUAUGGCAAGGUGUACGUUCAGUGUGUUGAGGAAAAGGUGUAUAAAAAUUAUACUCUCCGGAAACUAGCGGUUUGGAAGGAACACUCUGACCACAGAUUAAUCCGCCAGUUUCAUUUUACCUCCUGGCCUGACCACGGUGUUCCAGGGGAGACAACUGCAAUUCUAGAUUUCCACAGGGUUGUCAAGGACACAAAAACAGAUUCAUCUGGACCUUUGUUAAUACACUGCAGCGCUGGCAUUGGACGCACGGGAACCUUCAUUGCCUUGGAUUAUCUACUUGACCAGGCCAGGGAAGAGGGCCGAGUAUGUAUUUACACCUGUGUACAGAACCUCCGCCAACAGAGGAUGAAAAUGGUUCAGACACAAGAGCAGUAUGCGUUCAUAUACAAGGCACUAAUGAGUGCCCUGGAAAUAGCAGGGAGUUCACAACGCUACCAAGAACCAAUAGCAGUCCUAUGUGGGGACUGUUGGCGACAGAGAAAAGGCAAUAGCAGGUCUAACGCUAGUCUGGUGAAGAAUGACCCCGUGUACCAGAACCUGUGGAACUCGCAGUUACACCGCAGGACCAGCUAUCUGCCAGUAAGCCCGUCACCUCCUCUUGAAGAGUAUGCGAUCAUCAGUGAAACCACCCCGCCCCGCCUUCACAGAUCGCUGAAGUCCUGUUCUAUAGAUGUAGAUAUGGACACAUGGAUGGAUACGUCGGUUUAACACUCCAUUCAACUCGAUAGAGAGUGUACAUCUGGGUAGAACAUCUUGUCGAUGGUGCAGUGGUAUGGGGCCGUUUUCACACAUUUCUGACAGUUUGGAUUGGCAACUGAACUGAGGACGAUUCCCAUAUAACACUUUCAAAAUAGGGUAGCAUAUGACUUAAUUAGGUUCCAUUUGACAGAAGGUCGUUCAUAUUAUGACAAUGUGUAUAUAGUAAUUCAUUUGUUAUACUUUAUUAUUUAUCUGUUUAUGUAUGAAAGGAAAUGGACACAGAAAUGUUUAUUGGCAAAGCAUUUGCGUGUUACAUGUACUGAAUGUAUAAAGAUACAUGGAUAUUGAUCUCUGGCCAUAUGUGCUUUCCCUGUUUUGUACAGUGAUGUUUAAUAAUUUCUGAUGUGUUACAUACUGUUGCCACUUGGAAAAACGACACGAAGAUGCAGAAGAAAACAACAAGUUUGUAGUUUAGUGUUAGUAAUCGGCGAUAUGUAAGAAAUUGAGUCUGGAUCAGACAAUCCAGUGAUCAACAGCAUGAGCACCAGUCUACGCAAAUGGGACAAGAAGACAUGUGUUUACCAUAUCAGUGAGCCUGACCACCCGAUUCCGUUAGUCGCCUCUUACAACAAGCAUGGGUUACUGAAGACCAAUUCUAUCCUGGAUCUUCACGAGUUUAGUUAUCUGUUGUUCAGUGGUGACAAUGUAAUUCAUGUAUUUUUGUAACUAUAAAUCAUGAAUUUAUGUUGAAUAUAUAAAUACCUUCCAAUACAAUUUGUAUAAUGGCCUCUAACAGUAAUAAACAUGUUUUUAAAAAAGAAACUGUUUGUCUU